CUUUGAGCAUCACCACAUCGUCCUCAUUUGAGAGCUGUUCUCUGUCUAUAUAAUCGCCCUGUUUGCUGUUCUUGAUACUGUUUGCUUCUGUGUGCUUAUCUGUGCUUUACUGGCUGAUAUACUGAUACUCAUGCUGCUCAAGAUUCUCAUGUGGUUCGUCCCGGGUCCUAUCAAGAAGGCGAUGGCCGUCAAGCCAGCCGCGGCCGCUCGCGCCUUCAUCUUCCUGUUUCUCUUCAUCACAGUCUUCCUUCUCGUAUUCAUGCUUCUGGGCUGCACCAAAUCACCGUCGACAUAUUCUUCCGUUUACGCCGUCAGAUUCACCACCACCGGCGGCGUCAACGGCACGGUCUCGAUGGAUGCCUCAUACUACGGUGUCUGUGGCAUCUCAAACACGACUACAGUUUGUCAACGCUCGACUUCUGCAACUUCAACCGCGCUCCUCCCCUUCCGCUACGCAAAGUCAGCUUCCGCAACUGUCGACCUCGUCGCGCUGGCUGAGAUUGUUAAAAAAGACAUCAUCCAUCCUACCCUCGCCAUCUCCACCCUCACUUUCACCAUCCUCGCCCUACUUUCAAGCUCGGCUUCUUGGACUGUUGUCAACACAGACUCCACCGUCGCGCAUCUACUCAACACCUGCACCCUCUGGUCCACCGUCCUCGCAACUAUGCUCUCCGGCAUGACCGUCUCCUGGAGCCACGUUGCGGGCAGCACGCUCGCGCAGACUCUUUCUGGUGCAACAAAUGGCGCGGUUGAGGGACAUAUUGGGCGCAGAAUGGACGCGAUGGGUUGGACGGCCUUUUCUUUCUUGCUUUUGACUACCGCGGCGGUCGUUGUCUGCGUUGUGCUUGAGGACGAUGGCUCUCAGGGGGAUAAUGACUCUCUGAAGAAAGGUGAGGCGAAGGAUAACACCACUGUUGGUAUGGGGGAGUAUGAUAUGCAGGGAUAUAGACUCCCCACCCCUGUCAGCGUCUCCAGAUAUUAGGAGUCUGAUAUUGCUGGUUUAAUACUUAUUCUACUUCUGUAAUUUUUACAAUUGUUAUCGUUAGACAGUGGCUGCUCUUAUAAGAGCCUAUAUAUGCUAAUUAAUCAUCAAAUAUAACCUGAAAUGAAUUAGAUGCCAAAUGUAGAUAUAACGCAUUCAACUC